CUUUCGCUUUCGUUUCUUCUGCAGAACCUCCGAGCCCCCCAGAUACCAGGCAUCCCUUCCUGUCCCGUCCAUUUUCGGUAUCCUGCUCAGUGCCCUGGUCCUUGUUUCCCCUGGACGGCUCGUCCCCUGCGAACGUAACGCAGGGGUGCCAGGGUCUUGCCGGGAGCUGUCCCGGGUGCCACGCUUAGAUUCGCUCCCUAGCUGCUUUAUUAUCCCAAGGUGCGGUCCGGGGGAGGAAGACAAGUGCAAGGCCAUGGCAGAGCCAGGCGGUCCCUUGCGUCUGCGGGACUGGCUGGUGGCUCAAAUUGAAAGCGGCCGCUACCCCGGGCUCCGCUGGGAGAACCGAGAGAAGACGAUGUUCCGCAUCCCCUGGAAGCACGCGGCCAAGCAGGACUACAGGCAGCAGCAGGACGCCGCGCUCUUUCGGGCCUGGGCCAUUUAUAAAGGUAAGUACCAGGAAGGCACAGACAAAGCUGAUCCAUCUGUCUGGAAGACCCGCCUGCGAUGUGCCCUAAACAAGAGCACAGACUUCCAGGAAGUGAUUGAUCGGAGCCAACUGGACAUCUCUGAACCCUACAAGGUCUACCAGAUCGUCUCUGAGGGAGUCCGAAACCUGGAGGAUGAAGGGCAGAAGGGCCAUCUGAGAGCCCCCAAAGAUCUAUCAACUGAGCCUCUCCAGAGGCCAGACCAGGCUGGCUCAGACUCAGCUGCUGAGGAUAUUGGCAAGGAAAGGAUUUCCAAGGGCUGCCAUCAGGUUUCCCCAGCCCCCUGCUUUACCAGCCCAAAGACUGAGUCUGGGUACCAAGUAACAGGCACGUUUUACAGUUGGGACCCUUCACAGAGCCACCUUCCUCUAAGCCUGACCUCCAGUGAGAAUGUUAGCACCUCUGACUGCUGGCUUCACAUCCGUCUGUACUACCGAGAUGUACUGGUGAAGGAGGCCAUUGCUCACACUGCCGAGGGCUGCCGCUUGACAACCCGGCCUGUGCCCAUGGACAGCCCACAUCUCUAUGGCCCUGCCAGGCUGGAGCAGAUCCAGUUCCCGUCACCUAAAGCUCUGCCAGGGGCCAGCCCACCUGUCACCCAGAUUCUGGAGCGCCUCUUGCCUCACCUGGACAGAGGAGUCCUGCUCUGGGUAGCUCCUGAGGGGGUCUUUGCUAAGAGGCAGUGCCAGGGCCGGGUUUACUGGCGAGGCCCCCUAGCACCCCAUUGUGACCAGCCCAACAAAUUGGAAAGGGAGAAGACCUGUAAGCUGUUGGACACCCAGCAGUUCCUGCAUCUCAGGUUGGAUCAGCACUGGAAGACAGGCAUCACUCCUUCCUGCCAAGGUCUAGGAUCCAGAGACGCAGCCCAAGAGUUGGAGUUAGGCAUCACCAGGACCCAGCCCUUACCUUGUGCCUUACAGAGCUGCAUCGACACCUGUGUCUUGGGGAGCCAGCACCCCAGUACCAGAUCCAACUGUGCUUUGGAGAGGAGUACCCAGGUCCAGGUUGCCAGUCCCAGGGGAGACUCAUCAUGGCUCAUGUGGAGCCCGUAUUUGCCCGAGAGCUCUUCUUGCACUCCAGGCGUCUCAGUUCCCAAGAUCCUUCAGGUUCCCAGUCCAGUGCUCCAGAGAGUACAACCCACCUUCUGAACCAGCUAUGCCAACCCUGACUGUGGCCCCACGCCAUCUCCAGAGCACUGCCCCAUCGUCUCCAGAACCCUGCCCCUUUUCUGUUCAUCUCUGACCAAGCUGGGCCAGCAUAUCUGGGGCUAAGAGUCUUCACUUUGUCAACUCUCGAGCUCAUGUUGCCCUAUCUCAAAACAGGUUUUGUGUGUGCCUGUUGGGUGGAUGUGUUGGGGGUCAGGGGGCACAAUGUAUAUGUAUAAACUAAACUUCAAUGUG